GUCCCGCUACGCCGUAGACGUGCUACGCGCGUUCAAAGUUACGCGAGUGUAGUGUAUACGAUACAAUGAAAAACAUGAAGCACAUAGCAGCGGGUGUUUUGCUCUUCCUCAUGGCUGGUGUGGUGGCCAACCCUGUGAGACGCUCACCAGACCUGGAAGCAAGGCGUAGAAGUGCCAUCGAUAGGAGUAUGAUUCGAUUUGGCCGCUCCUACCCACCCGAACCAUCAGCAGCAGACAUCCGAGAAAGCCUACAGCGUUCAGCACGACGUGGUAACAGUUUCCUUCGCUUCGGAAGAUCACAACCCCUCACCUUCACCACAAACGACCUCAUAACCCUCCUUAGAAGCUACGAAGACGACUACGAACCGGCCAAAAGGUCUUCCAACUUUAUCAGACUCGGCCGCGACCCAAAAUUCAUCCGACUCGGAAGGUCCGCAGAUGAAGAGAAACCUGGCUAUGAACAGAGCUCAGAACUAUUCGUCAGUGGCUAUCCACAAAGGAAGAAUAGAGCUCGAGAUCAUUUUAUAAGACUUGGCAGGGACAGCGAAGAGGUGGCUGACGUUGAAGAAGAAAGAAAGAAGAGAUCAGUCGAAUGUCAUGAUUGUGACGCGUAAUUAGCUCUUCCAUUUUUCUACAGGCAGUGCCAAAACUCCACACCAAGACGGACGGUGCCAAAUUAAUUGCGAACGCCGAAAUGAACUAUGAGUAAAAUACUUUCAGAUACUUAAAAUUUAAACGCAGUUAACUCAAAAGAGUCAUGUUUGAAUCAAUUAUGAUAAAGGCAUACUCACGGUGCAUUAACUUAAUUAUUGGAUCUUUCAUUAAAGUAAACCAUAUAGUUAUAUGUAGUAUAGUUACUCAUGUGCUAGUUAAACGAGUUUUAAGCAUAAAGCGCUUAUUCAUCCGUUUCAUUUUUAACGGCCCCAUGAAGCAUGGAGAUUUCAUUUAUAAUUAUAUUGUUUCUAAUAAAGGUCGUUGUAUAUUCCAAUUUUAAAAUAAAUGUAUUCACUUGUAUAUAUAUUGUUAACCUUUUUCAUUUUUAGUGUGAGUAUUCGAUUCUUAAGGCUGGGUUAACUCGAUUCGGAUACUUGCAUGUAAAUUAAAUUUUAUAAACUAAA